CAUUUUGAACCAGAUGGACAACCACCAUUACGCGCACUACAUCGACAUCUUCAAGACGCGCCAUGACAUCAUUGACUUCCUGAUGGAGACAUUUAUCAUGUUUAAGGAUCUCAUCGGGAAGGCAGUGUAUCCAAAGGACUGGAUGGUGAUGAACAUGGUGCAGAACAGGGUCUUCCUCCGCGCCAUCACUCAGUUUUCAGUCGUGCUCACUAAACGCUUCCUCGACCCGGCGAACUUCGAGCUGCAGCUCUGGAACAAUUACUUCCACCUGGGAGUGGCGUUCCUGGUCCAGGACCCGCUGCAGCUGGAAACCUUCUCCGUGGAAAAGCGCCAGAAGAUUGUUGACAAAUACGGGGACAUGCGAAAAACAAUUGGUUUCCAGGUUCGGGAUAUGUGGUACAAUCUCGGUCCCCACAAGAUCAAGUUUAUCCCGGGAAUGGUUGGACCGAUCCUGGAGAUGACCCUGGUUCCCGAGCCCGAGCUCCGAAGAGCUACCAUCCCCAUCUUCUUCGACAUGAUGCAGUGUGAAUACAGUGUGAACUACUCAUUUCACAUGUUUGAGAACGAGCUCAUCACAAAACUGGACCAAGAGGUGGAAGGAGGACGGGGAGACGAACAGUACAAGGUCAUUCUGGAGAGAAUCUUGCUGGAGCACUGCAGGCAGCACAGGUACCUUGCGACGUCGGGAGAGGCCUUCGUUCUGCUAGUGAGCAGCCUCCUGGAGAACCUUCUGGACUACCGGACCAUUAUGCACGACGAGAGCAAGGAGAACCAGAUGUGCUGCACGGUCAACGUCUUGACGUUCUAUAAGGAAAAGAAACGGGAAGAUAUUUACAUCAGGUAAAAACGUAUCGCGUUUCGGAAAUCUUUCGAAGAAGGGC